UUAAAUUUACUUUUUGCGACAAAGCCAAAAAAAAAGCAAUAAUUAAUAGAUAAAAGCAUGAUGGAUUAAAUAUAAGUAUCAGAGGAAAACAUUCUAAACAAUUAAUAGGAUGAGCAUGAUUGUUUCUUUCAUUAAGGAAAUUUAAGAACCAAAGAUGAAGCUUCAUUUUAAAUUUAUAAUAGACCUAGAUAAUUAAGUGUUUAGAAUCCUGUUUGUAGAAAUGUUUUAGAAUUUCCUGCUUUAAAUACAACAACUAUGGCUUAAAAUAAUUUUUAUAGCAACAACAUAGGAAGUUAAUUCACUUAGCAUGAUUUUUCUAAAAUGACAACUAGAUCUUAAAAUAGAAACUAACGAUCUACAUCAUUUAAUAUUGGUCAUACCUUUUAUUAAGAGUAAAGCAAAACAUGUAAUCUAAAUGCAUAGGUCUAAUAAUAAACAGAAAUCCAAAAUAAAUUUUUUAGAUACUUCAAAACUUAAUAGAGGAUGAGAAAAGAUAGUCUGAAAUAAUUCAGUGAAUCAGCUUAGCUUAAUUAAUCCAACUUUUCAAAUAAUAUAAUAAAAAAUGAAAACUUAAGUUAAAAAAGCAUUAUUUGUUAGUUUUCUGAAGAUUAAAAAGGAAUUGAAGAUUUUACAAAUGUCAACAAUGAAGAAAUAAUAGAUUUAAAUAAUAACUAUUUGUAUGAAGAAGGAUUGGAUACCAUAUAAGAUUAAGAAGAAAUUGAUAGAUUGUCUUAUUAUGAGUUAUAUAAAAAUGGAAAUAGCAAUUUUUUUACACAGUAAACAAAAAACUUAAAGAAUAAAAAAGAUAUUCAUUUAAAGUAAAUGAAAAAAAAUGAAUUUUUUAUAUAAGAUGAUAUCUCUCCAUGGUAAAUUAGCUAAAGAGCAUAACAUUUUUUUAAAGCAACCCAAAAAAAUAAAGAGGUGAGAUCUGCUUCUUCUACUCCAUAUGCAAAGCAAAGUUAGAUAGGGUUAAAUAAGGAUACAGAUUUAAUUGAUAAUUAAAAAAAUAAACCUACUAUCGAUUAAUAGUUCAGUGAAAUAAGUGGGAGUGCACUUAACUUUUGUAAUAAUAAUGAUAGUAAAGAUAACAAUUUUGCCCAUCUAAAAGCUAAGUCUUAAUUGCUGAGUGAUCCGUAUCCACAUAUUAAAUAAAUUCAUUCAAUUAACUAAAAAAAUCUAGAUAAGCAACUUAUAGAUAACAAAGAAUAGUAUAAUUUUGCAAAGAGAAACAGUAGAUAAAUAUAAAAAAAAAUAAUUAAAAUGUUAGUAAAAUAAAAUCAGUAAACAGAUUCUGUACUUUAAGAGAGUUAAAAUAAUAAUAUUUAAAAUUAAUAAGAAAAAGAUAUUUUUAAAAUUCUCAAGCCUUAAAAAAAUAAAGUUCAAAUAUCUGAAUUGAAUUCUAUUAAAGGAAAGGAAAAUAUGCCAAAAUUUUAUAACAAUCUUGCAAAUAUAGAAAUGAAAAAAUCGGCACUGCCAAAAAUACAAUAAUAGAUGAAUUUAUUAAAACCAAACACAAUUAUUUUCUAAUCAAACUAAAAAUAUAAAAGUUUGUUUGAUAAUUCUUCUCAUAACUUUAAUGAGUGCAUUACUUUCUUACCAAAAAACAUCAAAAAUAAAAUUUUAAAGCUACUUGUAAAAUGA